GUGGAUGAGCGAGGUGCAGUGGCAGCUGCAGCCACUUCUGCGAAAGUUAUUCCUCUUUCUUUAUGCAUAUCUAAAGAACCUGAAGUGGAAUUUCGUGUUGAUCAUCCAUUCUUCAUUUCAAUCAUAUGGAACAAUACUGUUCCAGUAUUUCUUGGACAUGUAGUAGCUCCAGCGGAAUAG